AGCGUCCGGUCGCCUCGUGUUGAUGAACUUGAGACCCGAGAAGGCCGCCAGGAAAGAGGGCAGCUGCCGUAGCCAAUGGCGCCGCAGCCUCUCUCCUCCGUCGACACGUCGCAAUCGAGAGAGAAGAGCAAAGGAGAAAGUUGGCGAGCUUCUAAAUUCCGCGUCACCGACUUUCUCCAGCAGUCGCGGGACUGCGAAACGACGCGCCGUGCCAGAGCUUCUAGCCUGCGGACGUACACACACACAAACAAGGUGCCACCAUGGAUGGUCCGACAAACGGAGUGCUCGUGUUCGUCUACAACAUUGCGCUGGUGCUGUACUACAUCGCAGAAGCGAUCGUGCUCAAGUUCGUGCCUCGCCGGUACAGGUCCCGGAAGAGCAUCGACGGCGAGACGGUGCUGGUCACGGGCGCCGGCAGCGGGUUGGGUCGUCUGCUCGCCGUGCGGUUCGCCAAGCAUGGCGCCCGCCUGGUACUCUGGGACAUUGACCGCAACGGCAACGAGGAGACCGCUCGGCUCAUCAAGGCGGCCGGCGGCGACGCCUGGGCCUUCACCUGCAAUGUCGCGGACAGCAAGACCGUCUACGAGACCGCAGCGAGGGUGAAAGAUACCGUGGGUCGUGUGGACAUUGUGGUCAACAACGCCGGUGUGGUGUCCGGAAAGAAGCUGAUGGACAUCUCGGACGAGAUGGUGGUCAAGACCUUCCAGAUCAACGCUUUGUCUCAUUACUGGGUGGUCAAGGCCUUCCUCCCGGAGAUGCAGGCGGCCAACCACGGCCACAUCGUGUCCAUCGCUUCCCUGGCCGGACUCGGUGGCGUGUGCCGGCUCACCGACUACUGCGGCUCCAAGUUUGCCGCCGUGGGCUUCCAGGAGGCCCUGUCCAUGGAACUGGCCACGGAUGGCUACACGGGCAUCCGCACCACGACCGUGUGCCCGUUCUUCAUCAACACUGGCAUGUUCGCCGGCGCAGACCCCGGGGUCUUCGGUUUCCUCGAACCGGAGUUUGUGGCCGACGAGGCCGUGGCUGCCGUGCUCGAGGACAAGGAGCUCCUCAUCCUUCCCAGGAUAUUCUACCUCCUGGUCGCGCUCAAGGCGCUGUGCCCUUCCAAAGCCUUCCUCACGAUGGCGAAUGCCUUCAACGUCAACGGAGCCAUGAAAAGCUACUACGGAAGACAUUAACAGACGUCACGCCAUCACUCAGCGUCCCGGAAGCUCGGUGCCUGAACGCGACUCCGACUGGUGUUCGGAGUUUUCUCGGUGCACGGAUACAAAAUUGUCAAAGUAGCCGCCGUGUAAUGAGAUGGCAGUUGUCGCGAUCAUGGCCGUUUGUUCUGCUAUAGUCGCUGGCGACUUGAGAAACCCUGGGCGCGGUCUGUACCGACCAUCUCAUUAUAGCUUGGCAGCCAAUUAGAUUACGGCAUUGGACAAUACGAAUCGAAGCGUCGACGAAGGAAACGAGCGAAUGCUGCGAGCGAACGCUGCCCGUGGCUGCGUAAAUUUAUGUCGACUGAUGGCAAGCGGCAGAGGGGGCUACACUGCAACGGGCGCGGUUGCCGUCACCACCUCUGUUGUUGUGCCACGGGCAGGAUCGUGGUGAUUCGCACCCUUACGCAGUUAUGACGUCACCUUCUGAAGAUUCAGACACAAAAUAAUGACGCUGUAGACAAACCCGUCGGAAACGCGUUCCAGGCAUCGUACAGCAGUAUGUGAAGGCAGACGCCGUCAGUUACUGAAGCCAGCUUGAGCCCUUCGUACUGGAAGGGUUUGGCGUUCUCUUGAUGGUUCUGCGGGUCUAGCAACCAUGGCAAUCAAACGGCCUGUUCGGGCUAAGGAACGCUGGCGUUUUUCGGUAAGAUAACACAAAUCCGGGGACGCUGGUUGCUAUGCUGAAGUUGGCUAAAGUUAGCGGGGCACAAGCCUAGCCCAAUGGCCAAUCUUCCAUGUAAAAUGGCUCCGAUUGAAUGGAAAGGCAGAGUAGGCAGAGGUAGAGACCGACCUAUUCGACAGCGAUCUUUAUAGCCAAUCGUGCAUCAUGCUCGGAUUCAGUUCGAGAUCAACCUAAAGGUGGCGUCCUUUAUCGGCGUAGAGUAAAUAAACUUUUCGGAAAAUCCUCGAAAGGCGGCGCGCUCUGCGCGCGUCUGCGUGCUGCCGCAAUAACUAUUACGUGACACCGAAGAGAGCGAGAGAGACACAGCGCAGUUUCUUGCCUGCGCUCGCCCACUGGCCAGCGUUUCCUCCGUCGCCUAAGGUCACUUCCGUCGUCUCCGACAGCCGGUUCUUUAUACAGGAUAUUCCCAGCAAUCUUUUCGGUGUCGCGGAAGGCGCUGUGCGUUUUUCAAAAGGUGUAUUGAACAUUGGUCCCGGCCUAAACGCCGACAUUCCCAUGUCCAACCUGUGUCCCGCUCUAGACCGCAGUAUAUAGGGAACGUAGAAAAUCUAGGUGUCGCCUCCGUCGUUCUGUAUGUAGUGCGUCCAGGUGAAGAGUUGUGGGCUUUUUAGCACCCACCCUUUUUUAGUACAUCCCACACAAGUGCAAACUUACGCUCUAGUGAGUAGGAGGGGGCGCUCGAUGUGCGCGCAUUCGGGCAUCUUGUGGUUUGCAGCGCGACCACCAGGGGUCUCGCUGACCGCAAAUCGUUAUACUACGAAGCGACACGACUUCACUGGCCAGCCAUUUUCGGCACCCAAAUGCCCUUCGUCUCCUCGAACUUCGAAUGUGUGCGUCUAUCCGAAAGUGCGCUUCCAAUAGCUAUGCCGUAGCUUUAUUCACGAGCUUUUUGAUGCUCGUCCCGUAGCUUCCACCAGGAGCUUUCUGAUGCUGGUCCUUUUGCUUCCCGGUUUAUCCGCCAGGUCGCGUCAGUUUUCGCCGCACGUUUCGAUAGGCCCAACCUCCCCGUUUCAUCGCUUCACAUAUUGACCGCUAGGCGGCGUCGCCUAAGUUUGGAGAUGCAUACCAGUGACGAACUAAAUCGAAUUAAUAUCUUAUGUAAGGCCCACUAUAAACAGUCUGCUAUGAGCUUGAAAUUCCCACAGUCGCUCUCUCAGUUUGCGUAAUGGUCAUCGGGGACGUGUUUGCAAUACACCGGGGUGAAAUUGUAUGGUCCCCACCGAGGUCUGUCUAACGAUGUUUUGCAAUGUUUGCGAAAACGCGGACUAGUCUUCGACUCUUCGUUUUCUAUCUAGUCCGAAAAAAAAAUGAUGCGUUAAGGUUUAGAGAGAGAUGGUGGUAUCUGUACUGUAUUUAUUGCCGCAAUAUAUUUUGUACGCCGAUACAAUCGUGAAUAUGCUAAUUCAGAUUCUAGGAAUCGUCACAUAGUUAUUUUUCAUAGUCGCAAAGUGGGCUCCGAUUCUGGUGGUUGAAGAAUCAUGUUUUUUUUUUUUGUUUUGUAGUUUAUAAAUAACGCAUUAACAUGCGAGAACAUUAAAUUAUAUUUAAUGUUCUCGCAUAUAUAUAUAUAUAUAUCAGUGCGUCGAACCGAAAAAAAUACGGGUUCGGUUACGGUUCAGGUUCAAGUAAAUUUAUUUUGUUACGGUUCAGUUCCGGUUCGAUUAAUUCGAUCCGCGAACCGGCUCGCGAACCGGUUCGGGGCGCUGAACCGGUUCGCGAACCGGUUCGGAAAUUAUAAAUGACAAAUUGCAACAUCAAAAUAACAAAAUCAAAACAACAUCAAAAUAACAUCAAAAUAAAAAAAAAGAAGAAAAUUGCAACGUCACGUUCUAGAAACGUGUUAUGAAAUGAGCUGCACACAGCAGCAUCUAGGAUUUACGAGAUUGUAGAAAAAUGAAAUCCCGUGACGCGAUUUUUUUUUUUUUGCACAGUUUUUUUUUAAUUUUUUUCUUCCGUGCAAGCCGCGACCAGCGCAAUACUGGUUCCUAUGUCAAGAUUCAUGGAUGCAGCGUUUGUCAAGAUUCAUGGAUGCAGCGUUUAUAUUCCUAAGACUGAGUGGAGAAGAAAAAUACGUAAGCGAGGUGUGUGUCAGUUGACGGCACUUAAAAAACAAAUGGCAUUGAUAGCAGAUUCAUUGUCAACAGCACGUGGCCGAACCGUUCUGACAUGAGCCGGUAACCGUUAUUUUUUUUUCGGUUCAGUUCCGGUUCGGGUUCAUCGCGAUAACAAUAUAACGGUUCGGGUUCGGGUUCAGUUCCGGAAAAAAUACCGGUUCGGUUCCGGUUUUCGGUUCGGUUCGGUUCCGGUUCGACACCCUGAUAUAUAUAUAUAUAUAUAGCGUCUCGAAGUCACAUCGAAAGAAUGGCUCCUUACGAAUACUUGAAUGGAUAAAACAUUCGUAUAUUCACCAAUACGCUCGUUUUCACUUAUUAAAGGCUCGUUACCUUCUAAAACUUCAAAUAGCAAGAGAAUGACUGGUAUAUUUGUGACACAGCGUCAGACGCAGGGCUUCUGGUCUGUGGCCGUAUUGUCAGUCGGUGGAACUCAUUAGCAGCAGGGCGGUCUUUCACAUAAGUGUUGGAAGUGUCCAAAGGUCACGGUCCGGUGUGUGAGGGUGCUGUAUACACGUGUCUUUCGCAAAACAGUGAACUCGGGGAAGAAAACGCAUUACGUGGUAGAUAGUACUCCUGUAGUCAAUAGAGAGUUUAGUCGAUCGUUCCGACGACUUGGAUAGCAAUACCCGAUACUCCGCCAAUGCCUUUGCGCAUGCAUCGUUAUCGUCAUCGGAUAUCGUUAUGGGAAAUAUCGGAAUGAUAUAAUAGAGAGUUUUAGUAGAUCGUUCUCAUGACUCCGAUAAAGAUACCCGAUACUCCGCCACCGCCUCCCUUGCGCAUGCAUAGUAUCGUUAUCGGGGCUAUCGGAGGUAUCGGAACGAUCUACUAAAACUCCCUUUCUUUGAGAGACCCUGGCCAUGAUGGAAUCUUUGGUUAUACACUUCGCUCAUAUAAGAAAAAAGAACAAAAAAGGUCCCUACUGGAGGGGGGCAACCGACGGAUAUAUAUAUAUAUAUAUAUAUAUAGAGAGAGAGAGAGAGAGCUGAGGAAGCCAAGUCUUUUAGCGAAACGUUGGCAUUCCGAAUGUUUCCUCUCAUCUUUGACUAUAUAUUUUCAUGUUCUGGAUGGACGUUGCACCGUUUUGUCACCCGGUGUCGUCUUCGAUUACGAUCUCGCUGGCUGGGUCGUCCACAAAUUGCGGCGUCGCUUUAAGCCGACUAUUUUUUACACUGACGUUCACUGCAAGUAGACGUUCGCGCAACCAACAUAGUGAAAAAAAAAGAAAAAGCGAACUAUUUUUUUGGGCAUUCACUCCACGCGCUGUUAGACCGUGAUGUCAGGGGGUCAGCCGAGUUUCUUCCCCGUUCGCUUUCUUGUUGAUGUUGUUAUUGAAGUCGAAAAUGUUACGUGAAUUGACCGUAACGCUAUCGAUAAAUUGCAUCGCGAAAUAGCACUAAUCGUUUCGUUCGCACCGGUAAGUGUGUACCUUUUUGUUUGUUUGUUUUGCGUUGUUGAAGAUUAAUAAAGGUUGUUGAGAAUCUGUU